AUGACGACGAAGGACUAUUCGACAGCCAAGGAUGGCACCAAGAUCGUCAGCCUCGAUCCAUGGCUGGAGCCAUUUGCGGACCCGCUUCGGUCUAGAUAUGCCCUCUACAAGAAGUGGGUCGACAGCAUUGAGUCCAGCGAAGGCGGGCUUGCAAAGUUCUCGCAGGGCUACCUCAAGAUGGGCUUCCAGGUCGAUCAGAAUUCGCAGGCCGUCACAUACCGCGAGUACGCUCCUGGCGUGCAGAAGGCAUACCUCAUCGGCGACUUCAAUGGCUGGAACAGGGAUUCGCACCCCAUGACCAGGGACGACUUUGGCGUAUGGGCUCUGACGUUGCCACCAGGGCAGCAUGGGCAAUGCGCAAUUCCACACAAGUCCAAAGUCAAGCUCUCGAUGAUCACGCCCAGCGGCGAACGGAUCGAGAGACUGCCGGCGUGGAUCAAAUACGUCACACAGGACCUCAGUGUCUCGCCCGUGUACGAUGCGGUUUUCUGGAAUCCACCCGCGAACGAGCUGUACCACUUUAGGCACCCUCGUCCUCCGAAGCCGACAAACCUCAAGAUCUACGAGGCUCAUGUGGGCAUUGCCUCGCCAGAGCCUAAAGUUGCAAGCUACAAGGAAUUUACCGCCAACAACCUACCUCGAAUCAAAGAAUUGGGGUACAACGUUGUUCAGCUCAUGGCCGUUCAAGAGCAUGCCUAUUACGGAUCAUUUGGAUACCAGGUGACGAACUUCUUCGCCGCCAGCAGCCGUUAUGGCACGCCAGAAGAGCUCAAGGAGCUUAUCGAUGUCGCUCAUUCCAUGGGCAUCACCGUACUCCUCGACAUCGUCCACUCACACGCAUGCAAAAACGUGCUCGAUGGACUUAACAUGUUUGACGGCACAGACUACUGCUACUUUCACGAAGGCGCAAAGGGUAGGCACGAGCUGUGGGAUAGCCGCCUCUUCAACUAUGGCCACCACGAGACACUCCGUUUCCUGUUGAGCAACUGCCGUUGGUGGCUCGACGAGUUCCAAUUUGAUGGCUUCCGAUUCGAUGGGGUGACGAGCAUCCUCUAUACCCAUCACGGCAUUGGGACAGGAUUCUCGGGAGGCUACCAUGAGUACUUUGGGCCAUCGGUGGACGAAGAAGGCGUGGUCUACCUGAUGCUGGCAAACGAAAUGAUCCACAAGAUUUUGCCCGAAGCCAUCACAGUGGCUGAGGACGUCUCUGGCAUGCCCGGCCUCUGCAGGCCUGUCGAGGAAGGAGGCGUUGGCUUCGACUACCGAUUGAGCAUGGCGGUGCCGGACAUGUGGAUCAAGCUGCUCAAGGAGACGCGCGACGAAGACUGGGACUUUGGCAACAUCUGCCACACCCUCACCAACCGACGCCACCUGGAGAAGUCGAUUGCUUAUGCCGAGUCGCACGAUCAGGCCUUGGUCGGCGACAAGACGAUUGCCUUCUGGCUUAUGGACAAGGAAAUGUACACCAAUAUGUCAGACCUCACCGAGCGCACUCCCAUCAUCGAUCGAGGUCUGGGCCUGCACAAAAUGAUCCGUCUCCUCGUUCACGGUCUCGGCGGCGAAGGCUAUCUCAAUUUCAUCGGAAACGAGUUCGGACAUCCAGAGUGGCUAGACUUCCCGACGGCUGCCAACGGAUCGUCAUUCCACCACGCUCGAAGGCAGUUCAACCUCGUCGAUGACGACCUGCUCCGUUACAAGUAUCUCUAUGCCUUUGACAAGGGUAUGAACAAUCUUGAAGAGCGCUUCAAGUGGCUUGCCGCACCUCAGGCGUACAUCUCGCUCAAGCACGAAUCGGAUCGGGUUGUCGCCUUUGAACGCGCCGGUGCUCUAUUCAUCUUCAACUUCCAUCCCAACAAGUCCUACACCGACUACCGAAUCGGCGUCGAUGUCGCAGGCACCUAUCGUAUCGCCCUCGACUCUGACGAGACACGCUUCGGCGGGCACGGCCGCAUCGAUCACGCCGCCAGCGAAUUCUUCACGACACACAUGGAGUGGAACGGAAGGCGCAACUUCGUGCAGGUCUACUUGCCGUCGAGGACCUGCCUUGUGCUGGGAAAAGUGGCCUAA